CAGCGCCCGCCUCACCCAGGCGCUGCCAGCAGGGAACGUGGGCUCCUGCCUCCCUUUGUGCCGAGGGGAUCCGUGCGGAGCAAUUGAAAUGCACGGCUGAGAAGCACUGCUGUAGUGGUCGGGUUUGGGCUUUUUUUCCCCCCCUCUGCCUCCCUUCAUCCUUGGAGCAGGAGGGGCAUGUUUGCUGUGGAUUCUUUUUGUUUUAUCUGAGAAUGAGAUGCUGGCUGAAAAUUGAAGAAAUGGCCCUGGAAGAAUUGAUGCAAAGAUUAAAUGCGGUUUCCCAGUGCGCUGAUGAAAUCAUGCAUCAGGAUAUCAUUCCCCUCUAUGCUGCAGAUAUUCAAGACCAAUUAAAGAAACAGUUUGCUUAUCUGUCAGGUGGAAGAGGGGGAGAUGGCUGCCCUGUUAUCACCUUUCCAGACUAUCCAGCUUUCAGUGAGAUCCCCGAGAAAGAGUUCCAGAAUGUCCUGACCUACCUGACAAGCAUUCCAAGUUUACGAGAUGCUGGAAUUGGAUUUAUUCUUGUCAUAGAUCGCAGACAGGACAAAUGGACCUCCGUGAAAGCUUCCAUACUCCGGAUAGCAGCAUCUUUCCCAGGAAACCUGCAACUGGUCCUUGUUCUGCGCCCAACAGGAUUUUUUCAUCGAGCUCUCUCGGAUAUUGCUUUCAAAUUCGGCAAAGAUGAGUUUAAAAUGAAAGUACCUAUCAUAAUGCUGGGCUCAGUAUCAGAACUGCAGGGUUACAUUGAUAAAACACAAUUAACAGAAGAUCUUGGUGGCACCCUGGAUUACUGCCAUAACAGAUGGCUGUCCCGUCGCACUGCUAUAGAAGGUUUCGCUCAAAAGGUUAAGCAAACAGCUCAGAUUCUUCAGUCCUUUGGGACUGAGCUGGCUGAAACAGAACUACCAAAUGAUGUGCAAUCCACCAGCUCCCUUCUUGCAACACACACAGAAAAGAAGGACAAAAUGAAGGAGGACAUCAGGGUAGCAGUAGAACAGGGAGAUGAUAUCCUCGGAAGUAUAACAAAACCAGUUACUGAGAAUCCUGAAUACAAACUGAAUCAAGAUCAGCUAGACAAUCAAACAACGGUUGAAAGACUAUUGGCUCAAUUACAUGAAACGGAAACUGCCUUUGAUGAGUUUUGGAUUAAGCAUCAGCAAAAACUUGAGCAAUGUCUGCGCCUUCGGAAUUUCGAACAGAAUUUCAGAGAGGUCAAAGCAGCUUUGGAUAUUGUGUCUGAGAGACUGUCUGCUUUCACAGAUGUGGGAAACAGCAGUUCGCAUGUGGAGCAUAUUUUGAAAGAUCUUGCCAACUUCGAAGAAAAAUCAAGUGAAACUGUAGCAAAAGCCAGAAUGCUAGCCUCAGAGGGUGAUGCUUUUAUUCAAAGCAAUCAUUAUGCUGUGGACUCCAUUAUUCCAAAAUGCACUGAACUUCAUCAUCUCUGUGAUGCCUUCACUACUGAGAUAGAACGGAGGAGAAAUCAUCUUAGCAAAUCUCUGGAACUACAUGACUUAUUAGAGAAGUCUAUGAAGUGGUGUGAUGAAGGAAUUUAUCUGCUGGCUUCACAGCCAGUAGACAAGUGUCAGUCUCAGGAUGGUGCAGAAUCAGCAUUACAGGAGAUCGAGAAAUUCCUGGAUACUGGUGCUGGCAAUAAAAUCAAAGAGUUGAAUAAAAUUUACAGAGAGUAUGCACAUAUCCUCAGUGAGGACCUAAAGGAGCACGUGCAAAAGGUUUUCCAGAAGCAAGAAAGUAUGGAAGAAAUGUUUCAAAAGAGACAAAUAAGUCUUAAGAAACUGGCAGCUAAGCAGACACGUCCUGUUCAGCCUGUUGCACCGAGACCUGAAGCAUUUGUAAAAUCUCCUUGUACCUCUCCAGGUCUUCAAAGAGAGUAUGUACCCAACUCAGAAAGUGCUCUUCGGAGAGUAAACUACAGAAGAGGAAAGAGUGAAAUGACUGAACUGCAUCAAAGCAGAGGAGGAUCUACAAUGGAUGAUGAAGAAAACCUAGCUGUGUUACGACAGCAUGUAAUUAAUGAACUUAUCGAGACUGAACGAGCAUAUGUGGAAGAACUUCUCUGUGUUCUUGAGGGUUAUGCUGCAGAGAUGGACAACCCCUUAAUGGCUCAUCUCAUCUCACCAGAACUGCAAAAUAAGAAGGAUAUCUUGUUUGGGAAUAUGGAAGAAAUUUAUCACUUUCACAACAGAAUAUUCUUGAGAGAAUUAGAAAACUAUGUAGAAUACCCAGAACUAGUAGGACGGUGCUUCCUGGAUCAGAUGGAAGAUUUCCAGAUUUAUGAGAAAUACUGUCAAAAUAAACCUCGAUCUGAAAGUUUGUGGAGGCAGUUUUCAGAUUCUGUAUUCUUUCAGGAAUGUCAAAGGAAACUGGAUCACAAACUCAGUUUGGACUCAUACUUACUGAAACCUGUUCAAAGAAUAACCAAAUACCAACUCUUGCUAAAGGAAAUGCUGAAGUACAGUAAGAACUGUGAAGGUGCUGAAGAUCUUCAAGAAGCACUGACUUCUAUACUGGGCAUUCUUAAGGCAGUUAAUGAUUCUAUGCACCAGAUAGCCAUUACAGGCUACGAUGGAAACCUGAAUGAGCUGGGCAAGCUUUUAAUGCAGGGAUCCUUCAAUGUCUGGACUGAUCAUAAAAAGGGUCACGCGAAGGUGAAAGAUUUGGCACGUUUCAAGCCAAUGCAGCGACACCUCUUCCUCCAUGAGAAAGCAGUGCUGUUCUGUAAAAAGCGAGAAGAAAAUGGAGAGGGAUAUGAGAAAGCACCUUCUUACAGCUACAAACACUCCUUAAAUAUGGCUGCAGUUGGAAUAACAGAAAAUGUCAAAGGUGAUGCAAAAAAAUUUGAAAUCUGGUAUAAUGCAAGGGAAGAAGUUUACAUUAUACAGGCACCAACCCCUGAAGUUAAAGCUACUUGGGUAAAUGAAAUAAGAAAAGUGCUGACGAGUCAACUGCAGGCAUGCAGAGAAGCUAGUCAGCACAGGACACUAGAGCACACACAGAGCUUACCUCUACCAGCAUCAUCUUGUGCAAGUCCUUCACGAAACCACAUCAGAAAUACCAAAAAAAUGGAGGAGAAAAAAGCUGAUCUCACAAGUCUGGAAGGUUAUGUCACUACAGCAUUACCAAAGUACCCUGAGAAAGGCAAAGACAACAGUAGCUCUACCUCAGAAUGCUCUGUACUGUCAAAAAAGCGCUUUACGCUGCAGGGCUUUACUAACCUGAAAAGUCAGAAAGAAACUCCAUCUCCUUCUGCUAAAAGCCAGACAUUGCCAAUGAUCCUUCUUACAGGACCAGCUUCUCCUACCAGUCCUGACAAAAAAGCUAAACGGCAUGAAGUAGUGAGUGACCCAACUCCUUUUGGUUUAAGAGGUUGGGCCAAACCAUCCCAUUCUCUUGAUGCAUCUGAAGAAAAUGAUGGCUGGUCUAGUGCUGAAGAACCACUGAAUUCAUCGGAUGCGGAGGAAGAAGGAGGAGGAGGGGGAGGCGAGAUGAAGCUGACUCCUGGUAAAUAUACAGUUGUGACUGAUUAUGAGAAAGGAGUUUCUGAAGAAUUUACAGUGAAAAGUGGAGAUCUAGUUCAACUGAUUCGUGAAGGGGAGGAUGGACUUUGGUAUGUAAAGAACCUGAGCACUGGUAGAGAAGGCUGGAUCCCAGCAAACAUUGUGCUGAUGCUCAUAGGCAAUUCAAAAUCAGCUCAGUCUUUGAGCAGCUCUGAAUCAGGCACUGCCUCCAGCACUUUGAGCACAUCAUCAAGUUGCAGCGAUAGCUGCAACGUCAGCAGUACCAGCUUCUCCGACAUAAAGAGCUAAUAGGAAGUUUUCAUUCCACUUUCAUGGAAGGUAAAUUUGGAGACUGUCAUUUGCUGCCGCAUUAUGGACAUCGGACUCCAUCGGAGAACCACCAAUUCUGUGUUACCAGCUCCGAGUAUUUUUAGUGGUGACUUUUACAGGUUCUCACAGAAGAUCCCAAUGAAAAGUGCAUGGAAUGUGAAGUUGUAAAUAAAAGUUAAACGAUUUGCAAUAGGGUUUUGUAGAGGUUUAUGCUCUGAAGUCUGAAGCUGCCAAGCUGUUAGCAUAAAACGCAUUUUCUCCUUGAUACACAAUCAGGUUUCUGCAGAACCGAAAUUUGAUUUCGUAACAGCCAGAAUCUGAAUGUGGACAAACAAAAUGUGUUCAGUGCUAAAUGCUCAUUGUAAACUAAUAACACAGCAACCACUCUACAGGAUAAGCAUGAGGAAAAUAAAAUCCAAGUUUACAGUUGCUUGUCCCCAAAAACCCUUUUCUCCAGGGACAUACCUCGGUCAAUGAGGUGAAUGGGACUCUUACAGCAAUGACGGAGGAGGUUUGGUUCACUCUUUUAUCUUGGGUCUUCAGGGUAUUCAUCUGCUCCCUAGAGACUGGGAUGCAGAUAUGACCAAUUCACUGACCACAACAGCAUCAAGAGAAACUAUUAUUUUAUCCU